ACCAAACGGGCUUCCGGGAGGCUACGCGACGUGUAGCCAGGCAGGAUCUUUCAUCCCUCGCCUCCUUGUUUAUCUCAUUGAUCUGCCUGUGAAUGAUGCCGAUAGAGCGUCUGACGUCGAUGCACAGAACUGACGACAACGCGCUGGUGCUCCAGCCGGACGAGUCGCUGACGCGUGAGCAGGGCGGCACGCGGCUGUGGUUCAAUGGCAGCGACGAGGGCCAGGGGUCGCUCUACAUCACCAGCCAGAGGGUCGUGUGGCUGUCCUCCGACGACAGGGACAAGGGCAUGGCCUUCGACUACCCCGUCAUCAUACUCCACGCCAUCUCACGAGACCCACGUGAGGGAUCCAGACACACGGGGAAUGGGUGGUGGAGUGGAUGGACCUUUCUCUCUGUGUGUGUGUAUGUGGUGUGUAGAGGCCUUUCCGCAGCCGUGCAUCUACUGCCAGCUCAAGGCGGACCGGCCGCCGGCUGCUGCUGCUGCUGCUGGCGAAGAGGAGGAGGGCGGCGAGGGGGACGACUUUGACGCCCUCAACGAGAUGAGAUUCAUACCGCAGGACGAGACGUAUGCACCCACACACACACACACACACACACACAGACACAGGCGUCAGUCAUCCUAUCCAUCCAUGCAUCUGAUGAUCUGUUCAUUCAUUCACCAGUUGUCUGGACGAUUUGUUCCGUGCGAUGAGUGAGAUGGCGGCGCUGCACCCCGACCCUGACAUGCUGCAAGAGGGGGGGCCCGAUGACGACGACACCCUCUUCGUCAACCCGGUAUGUAUGUAACCAAACCUCCCCUUAACCUCCUUCCCUUCCAGCACCCUCCAGCCCUGCCUGUCCCUCUCUCUCUGUGUGUGCAGCACAACGGUUGGAAUCCGCCCGAAGCCGAGGAGGGCGCCAUGGACGAUGCAGAGGAAGAUGAGGAUGAGGAGGGAGGGUACGAGGACGACGAUGAGGCGGAGGGGGAGGGAGAGGGAGCGUCUGGGGCGGAGGGGGAUGAGGGCAGCGGGGUGGCCCACAAUGGGGGCGGGGACAGGCACAUGGCACCCUGACGGACGGGGCGAACAGAUAAGAGAAAGAGCAUAAGAGAGAGGUUUGUGGUGUUGUUUGUCGUGUGUGUGUGUGAGGAAGAGGAAGAUGGGUCUGUGUGCGUGCGUGCGUGCGUGUGUGUGUGUGUGCGUGUGGCAUUCGAUGAGUAAGCAGUUGGACGGAUUAGGUAAGUGAGAUUGUGUAGGUAGUUUUUCGGUGUGACGAGGACAUAAGGCAGCCAGGCAGGCAGGUAGACCCGUAAGGCUGCCUGCUGCUUGCGUCGUCUGUUGGCUUUGUGUGUUCACUGUUUGCCGUGUAUCGUAUCGGCUCUACAAGCACCUCUGUCUGUCAUCCAUCGAUGUGUCCAAUCCAAUAGACAGUCGCGUGC